AUGAACAGCCAGACAAGCACACUGACUCAUCGUCCACCACCAACGCCGUCCCCGUCCGACUCUACGUCUACUCUACACUCGCAAGAUGGGAAGCCUGGUUUUCCGCAACCUUCCAUACCCGAAGAGCCAGUGGUGCUGCCCAAUGCCUCCCAAGUCCCAGGGCCUACACACAACGCGCCUGUGGCUGCCAAGAAGCCGACAAUAACAAACCGCCUGACUCGCAUGUUCUCGCAGGCAAAGGUACCUAGUCAGUCCGAAGCGAGCAAUGGUCGCGAAAGCGGGGCAUCCGAUACCGACAGCAAUAAGGGGAGCUCAUGGACGCCUAAUCCGCCCUCAAGGCAGCAGUCAUACACAGACAAACAGCCACAGUCUGCCGCAGAAUCUGAACGAAGACUCAGCACGACGAACGUUAAAAAGGAGACUAAGGACACCGAUCACGCCCAGGCACACAAGAGGUUCGAGAUCUCUCCAGACGGCACUCACCAGCAUACGCUCAAGAGCGCCAAAAGACAAGAGAAGUUAUCGGACAUGCUCCGCGACAUGCUGGGAGGGAAAAAGCGAGACGAUCAUAGUCAAGACGAGCAUCAACAAUUGUCGCUGAUGUCGACAUGGGUAGAUCAGCUGCGGAAUGAACGCGAGAAACUCGCUUCUGACAAGAAGGGAGGGCCAAAUGCAACUGCGACACUCGUGCAAAAGUAUGGCAAAUGCCAAGAGAUCGUCGGUCGUGGAGCUUUCGGUAUUGUUAGAAUUUCGCACAAGACAGAUCCCAAGGACUCCAAGGCCGAGCAAUUAUACGCUGUCAAAGAAUUCCGCCGCAGGCCUCAAGAGUCGCCAAAAAAGUACCAAAAGCGCCUUACGUCUGAAUUCUGCAUCUCGUCUUCGCUUCGCCAUCCAAAUGUCAUACACACGCUCGAUCUCCUACAGGACGCCAAGGGAGAUUACUGUGAGGUCAUGGAGUUCUGCGCGGGAGGAGAUCUCUACACUCUUGUGCUAGCCGCAGGAAAACUCGAAGUCCAAGAAGCAGACUGCUACUUCAAGCAGCUCAUGUGCGGCGUGGAAUACUUGCACGAAAUGGGCGUCGCCCAUCGAGACUUGAAGCCAGAGAACCUGCUCCUGACCACUCAUGGCUCUCUCAAGAUCACCGACUUUGGCAAUGGCGAGUGUUUCCGGAUGGCUUGGGAAAAGGAAGCUCAUAUGACUGCUGGACUUUGUGGCUCGGCUCCUUACAUUGCUCCUGAGGAAUACACAGACAAGGAGUUUGACCCUAGAGCCGUUGAUGUUUGGGCUACAGGCGUCAUCUACAUGGCCAUGAGGACUGGGAGGCACCUUUGGAGGGUUGCGAAGAGGGACGAGGAUGAAUUCUUUGACCGUUACGUGGAGGGGAGGAGAGGGGACGAUGGGUACGGGCCCAUCGAGACAUUGCAUAGGCGUCGUUGUCGGAAUGUCAUCUACUCGAUCCUCGACCCUGACCCCGGCCCGACACGUCGCCUCACGGCCUCGAAAGUGCUCAAAUCGGAGUGGCUCCGCGAGAUCCAGCUCUGCAAGGCUGCUUUAGAAGGGUUUUGA